CCUGUACCCCUACACAGAUUUGCUAUAACAUAGACGACACAAAAUGGCGUACAUUUACAUCUUCUUUCUUAUAUUGUUUGCUGUGUUUGAAGAAUCAUUCAGUGAACUUUGUAUAAGUGGCUACUACAGCAAUUAUAGAUACUACACAUAUUGCAGCUCGGGAUGUUGUGGCAGCUAUUACAACGAGUACUGUUGUAGCUCACUAGAGGUUGGAACCAUAGCGGGAAUCGUAAUUGGAUGCAUUUUCGCACUAGUAAUCCUGGUCGUCGUCAUUAUCUGUGUGUGUGCCCAGUGUAAGAAGAAAAAGACCGGUGUGGUUAUCAGCAACAAUCAACCUCAUACUGCAGUAGCAUUUGAGCCUGAUUACGACCAGCGUUCCGGGUCACGCGGAGAAGACAUAAUUAGGCUUAUGCAAAAGAAGAGGGAGGACAGACAACGGACUGGGCAGCCACAAGAGGGCCCAAAGAAUACAACCCGUCAGACUGUGCCGACAAAGAUCGGAGAUAGAACUCCGUAA